AUGCUAGUUCGGAGCCUCGAUCGUGUAUCAAUGGUUGGCGACGAUAAGUCUCGAUAUGAAUUAGUCGACCUCUUUCUAACAAAAGGGAGUGCGGAUGUCAACUCCUGUGACGGCCGUCCCCUCGCGCUUGUGGCGGCAGAAGGACGGGCGAAAAUCCUCGAAUUACUCAUCUCCUAUCGCCCGCAAGUAAAAUCGCUCAGGAGUGCUUUAGAGCCUACGAUGAGAGUAGGCGAUCCUGCAUUAAGAAUGCGAAUAAUCGAGUUGGUACUUGCCGGCACCAGGGGAGAUACCUCGGCUAUCGAUGAUCUGAAGGCUACAGCACUUGCAUUAGCUGCGAGAUUCCAACACAUUGACAUCCUAGAGCUUUUAGUUCAGUCGGGAGUGUCAAUCCCUUCCAUUAACGCCGGAUUAGCUGAAGCUAUCUCAGGAGGGGAUCAGCUCUUUAAAGCAGAGGGUCUGGAGAUUAUCCAAUUCUUCCUCGAACACGGGGCGUUCUGUCAGGCCGUGAGGCUGUUUGAGAGCGACGCUAUUGAACUGCUGUCGACGUCAGCCAAUCCAGCUGCCGUUGAUAUGACUUUCAAGGGUAUAAUAGAGCAUUCGGAUGACUGGCAUGCUCCCGACGACUGCAACAUCUGGCUCACUGAGCUCCUACUAGAACGGGGUCCAAGUAGCGAGACUGUAAUGCUUGCUCUUAUCCGAGCGAUUCAGGCUUACGUCUCAGGACGCUCUUCGGAGAUUCUCAUCGAUAUGAUACUAGGAUCUAGGGAGGCCAACGUAAAUUACAACAAGGCGGAAGCUCUCAAGAUUGCAGCUAGAGCUGGAAACGUGAGUUUGUUGAAGAAGCUCGCUAGCAGCGGUGCGACUCGAGAGAUCCUGACAUAUGCUUUUGCUGAUGCGGUUGUGGUCAAGUCAGACGAGGAUACAGUUCUGAGUCUAAUCAAUGCGCUCAUUCUCGGACAGAAUGCAGAAUGUCGUCCCGGCUUUUCUGCUGUUUUAUCUGGUCGAUCCCCACCUAUCAUCGAAUGCCUGAUUACACAUCCGGAAUCAGUGAAGCUCGUGACCAUUGGGACAGGACAGCCUUAUACUAUGCCGCCCAAGCUGGUAGUUUAA